GUGACACAUAUAAAUACAAACCUCUGCUGUAAGUGGGGUUGCAACACUGUGAAAGAGGGGGUCCCAAGUGGAGUUCAUUGUUUCUACUUCUCUCGCAUGCAUCCAUUUUGUUUUCUUUUUAUCUUAGAUGCGGUGUUCUGAAAUCUCAUGGCAUGCUUAGACAUGUAUAACAACUCCGACCACAACCGUGAUGAAAACAACCACCACCACCACCAUCCCCAUCACCAUCACCAUCAUCAUCAGUGCGCUCCAAUGAGCCCUAGAAUCUCCUUCUCGAAUGAUUUUGUGGAUGUGCAGCAGGCCAUGAAGCAACAAGAACAACGAGGCUCAAGAUCAGACGCGCCUGCAGUGUCUUCAGACUUCGAAUUUUCAGUCACGAACUACUCCAUGAUGAGUGCUGAUGAGCUUUUCUUCAAGGGUAGGUUGAUGUCGUACAAGGACAAUUGCAACAACCACGUGAUGCAGCAAAGGGCCACCACCACCACCACCACCACCACUCUCAAGGAAGAGCUCCUCAUAAAUGACGAUGAAUACGAUCAGGGUUUUUCUCUCAGGCCACCCAAGGCCUCCUCAACAAGGUGGAAGGGCCUUCUGGGUCUCAGAAAGACUCACAUUGGCUCCAAGAAACCUCACAAGAGUACUGAACCUUCUUCAGAACCAAGGUCUGCAUUGCUCAAUGAAGCUCCUCCGAUUAAUGUCGCUUCUUCUCAGGAAGUUUUAGAUGAAGGAGGAUCAAAUUAUGGAGCUUAUGGGGUGGGUGACAGUGUUGAGUAUUUGUAGAGGAAUGGAGCUUCUCUUUUUUUCUCCUUCCUUCUUUGUUUCUUUUUGCCUCUUCUUUUGUUUUUCUCUUCAUUUUGUUAUGAUGAGUUAAGUAAGUUUAUUUGUGUUAGGAUUUGGCUGUUUUCUUUUUAUUCUCUCUUGUAAUUUAUUUCUCUUGAAUGUAGAACCUAUUAGCUGUA